AUGGUCUGCUCGGCUGCGCCUGUGCUGCUCCUGGCCAUGACUCUCGCUCUGGUGGAGCCACCAGCUGCCCGAGCAUCCCAGCCUGGACAGAGUCAGGCUCGAGGGGGAUCAGGGCCACAGCUGGACCCCGAAAGUGGAGCAGGUGAACUGCUCCUGAUCUCCGUCCACGUACAGCUGGACUUCCCUGAUGUGCCCUGGCCGGCUGCACUCUCCCAGCCCCUGACUGUCCCCGCUGCCUCGGUUUCCUCAGCCCCAGUGACUCUCGCUGGCCUCAACCUCACAACAGGUGGGGAAGAACCUCUCCUGACCCCCGGCCUUUCAAUGGCUCUUAGCUGCUCAGGUGGGAGGGGGAGCUCAGGGCUCCAGGGCCACAAGUUCCUGCUCCGGGGGUCCUGUCUCCUGCCUCCUGCAGUCCCCGCGACCCUGAGCCUUGACUCCUGGCUGCAGAUGCCUGGCGACACCCUGAACCUGACCCUCCUCACGAACCAGGAGACCACCAACCUGAACUGGUUCCUGUGGCCCACAGGAAGCCCCAGCCCCAUCCUCCUGCGGGCAGGGACCUGUGUGUCCUUGACCUCCAGCCGGGGCCGGACUGUCCUCAGCAUCGUCAACAUCUCCCAUAGAUGGGCAGGUGAGUACAUAUGCCACUUCGAGGCCCAGGGAUUCAGGUGGGAGCUGCACCAGGUGGUGAGGGUGCCCCUGCAGGCAACAGAUGUGACUGGGCUCCCAGACCAGCUCUCCGUCUCCUGUGACACCUCCCCCGGCUUCCAGCUGAGCUGCUGCAUCCCCAGCGCACAUCUGGGCUACACGGCUUCCUGGAGCCCCAGAGAGGGUAGCCAAGCCUCCGUGUUCAAUGCGCUGGACUCCCAGUGCUUCACGCUGGCUGUUGAGCACUGCCCUGCAGCCAACACCACGUACGCUUGUGAGCUGCAGAGCCCCGGUCUGAGCCCCCUCAGGGUCGCCGUCUCUGUCACCAUCAUCCGGGAUGGAGACACCACCUGCCCUGAGGACUCUUCAACUGUCACCUGGAAUGUCACCAAGGCUGGCCACGUGGUACAGGCCCAGUGUCCCGGGAACAGGACGGGCACGGUGAAGAGGCCCUGUGGGCCUGAUGGGGUCUGGGGACCCAUCCACAGCAGCUGCACAGACUCGGGGCUCCUGGCUCUGCUCCUCAGAGCCCAGCUGCUGCAGGCAGGCCAGGGCUGGCCUGAGGAAGAGGUGUCACAGAUCUUGGCUCAGCUGCAGGAGCAGGUAGUGGCAGUGACCUCCCCCUCCGACUUACUGGCCCUGGUGGGCACCAUGACAGUCCUGGCCAAGGUGGUGGCAGACACCAUAACACAACUCAACUGCAGCGCCCUUGAGGCUGUCCUGAAAAUCACAGACAAGGUCCUUGGCAUGAACUCCAGCUCUCUGUGGACCCCAGCCCAGAGGCAGAUGCCCUCAGUGGGCUCCAGUCUCCUGCUGGCGGUGGAGACCCUGGCACGCAGCCUGUGCCCACAGGACCAGCCCUUCUCCUUCGUCUUGCCCAACGUGCAGCUGCAGAGCCAGCUCCUCGAGCCCACGUUUCCAGCUAACUACAGAGCCUCCUUCCCUACUCAGCCCCCACUGCGGGCAUGGAUUCCCAGGCACUCACUGGCACCCCUGCGCUAUAAUGGAACCAACGUCAGCAUUACUAGCCUGGUGCUGCAGAAACUGGACCACCUUCUGCCCUCAAACUACGGGCAAGGGCUGGGGGGCUCCCUCUAUGCCACUCCUGGUCUGGUCCUCGCCAUCUACAUCAUGGCAGGUGGCCAGGUCUUCAAGCAGGUAGAGGUCACCAUGGACUUUGGGGACACAGAUGGCAGUCCCCACUGUGUCUUCUGGGACCAUGAUCUCUUCCAGGGCAAGGGAGGCUGGUCUGAUGCAGGGUGCCAGGUGCAGGCAGCCAGUGCCAGCCCCACCACUCAGUGUAUCUGCCGGCACCUCACUGCCUUCUCCAUCCUCAUGUCGGGACACACGGUUCCAAACCACCCCACCCUGGAGCUGCUGAGUCAGGUGGGGCUGGGAGCCUCCAUUCUAGCCUUGCUCAUGUGCCUGGGUGUGUACAGGCUGGUGUGGAGGUUUGUGGUGCAGAACAAGGUCGCCUACUUACGCCACUCAGCCCUGCUCAACAUGGUCCUCUGCCUGCUGGCCGCAAACACCUGCUUCCUAGGAGCUCCACUCCUCCCUCCGGGGCCCCGCAGCCCGCUCUGCCUGGCUGCUGCCUUUCUCUGUCACUUUCUCUACCUGGCCACCUUCUUCUGGAUGUUGGCUCAGGCCCUGUUGUUGGCCCACCAGCUUCUCUUUGUCUUCCAUCAGCUGUCCAAGCUCCGAGUACUCUCCCUGAUGGUGCUCCUUGGCUACCUGUGCCCGAUGGGUUUAGCAGGUAUCACCCUAGGCCUCUACUUACCCCGAGGGCAAUACCUGAGGGAGGGGGCAUGCUGGCUGGACAAGAAGGGAGGAGCACUCUACACCUUCGUGGGUCCAGUGCUGGCCAUCGUGGGAGUGAAUGGGCUGGUACUCACCAUGGCUGUGCUGAAGCUGCUGAGACCCUCGCUGUCAGAGGGACCCCAGGUGGAGAAGCGCCAAGCCCUCCUGGGGGUGAUCAAAGCUCUGCUCGUUCUUACACCUAUCUUCAGCCUCACCUGGGGGCUGGGGCUGGCCACUCUGCUGCAGGAAGUCUCCUUAGUCCCUCACUACCUCUUCACGGUUCUCAACGCCUCUCAGGGUGUCUUCAUCUUACUGUUUGGUUGCCUCAUGGACAAGAAGGUCCAAGAGGCUUUACGCAAACGCUUCUGCGGCAGCCAACCCCCCAGAUCCACCAACUCCUUGGUGAGUUGCUGGCUUCAAGUUUCACUUUGA